GUUGGAAGUUUUGAACUGAGCGAGAGGAGGGCGCCAAAUAGGAAGGACGGAAGAACUGUGCUCGCUUUUUCACAAUAAACCGAAUCGGCGACAGGAGUGGACCAGACAGGGGACACUCAUCUUUUCACUUAUGAAGGACUGUGGCUGUCGACCCCCUCUCCCAUCGAGACGGAACAACGUGUGGCUUGGACGAGAAACGACGCUGAAAACAUGGAGGCGGGCAGUGUGAGCAUAUGGCCACGCAUGGAGCCCUUCCUGCUGGGAGCGCUGCAGGUGGCUCCCCCUUCCAAGCUCAGCCUGCAUUAUCUGCGUAAGAUGGCGACCUAUGUGCGAACACGGGAUGGAUGCUUCCCUGUUUUGAGUUGGUCCAUGUGGAGGCAUAUCGCCUGUGGGAAGCUGCAGCUCCCAGAUGACCUUGCGUGGCUCUACUUUGAGACUUUUGAUCUCCUUGUAGGUCAUGCUCCUGAGAAGAGGCUGGAGUGGGCUGAGUCUCUCUCCCAGUGCUCCUCCCAAAGCGAGCUGGACCACCAAAGGAGCAAGCUAUCUGUGGACACCCUGCAGUUCCUCCUCUUCCUCUACAUCCAGCAGCUGAACCGUGUGUCUUUGCGCACCUCUCUGAUUGGUGAAGAGUGGCCCAGUCACCGUGCCCGCUCCCCCUCCUCCUCCUCAGACCGAGAGGCCAAGACCAGCUCUCAGAACAAGAACUGGGACGAUCAAGCCCAUCUGUCAUUUGUACACAGCCAUCUAGCUGAGAUGCUGGAGCUGCUGGUGGAGCCAGGCCAGCUUACAGGCUCUGGACAGGCCAUACGAGACAGCCAGAUAUCCCUGGAGGCCGUGCGUGGUUUGAGCCUGCUCCUGGAGGGCUCAUCAGGCCACAGCAGAGCCGUCCAGCCUGUCCACAGGCUCCUGUCCAAAGGUCCACUUCAGACACAGGCCGGGUACUCCUCUCUCAGCCGCUCCUUCCCCCUGCACCAGCUGCUGUCCUGUCUUCGACACAGCCUCACACUUAACCCCUUUGGGAUUACCGCUUGCCUGCGCUCAGGAAAGAAACUGGCCUGGGCCCAGCAAGUUGAAGGGUCCAUGAAGAAAGCUAAGAUUGCCAGGAACACUCACGUGGCUCCACCUGGCAGUAAGAUGGUGCUGAUGUCUCAGGUCUUCAAACAGACACUGGCUAAAGAUUCAGAUAAGCUGACUGGUACCAACAUCAAAAUACACAGAUGCUCGGAUGCCUUCAUAUACCUGCUCUCACCUCUCAGAUCAGUCAGUGUGGACAAGUGUCGUGACAGCACAAUCGUCUUGGGUCCUGUUGAGACCAGCGUCCACAUCCACAACUGUGAGAACGUGCGGGUGGUGUGUGUGGCCGGCCGAAUCGCUGUCGGAGCCUCGUCGCAUUGCACUAUCCAUGUCCUGACACCCACCCGCCCUCUGCUCCUACCUGGGAACACAGACAUUACCCUUGCGCCAUUUCACACCCACUACCCAUGCCUAGAGGACCACAUGGCUAGUGUGGGACUGGCAGUGGUGCCCAGUGCCUGGGAUCGUCCUUUGCUGCUGGGAACUGAGGGCCUUUUCACCCCCUCACUCAACUCUUCGUCCAACCCAGAUCCUUCCUGCUACCGCCUGCUGCCUGCAUCUGAGUUCCACACUAUGGUGGUACCUUUCCAGAUGGAGGGGGACACGUGUGAGGUGCCAGGGGGGCUGCCGGCACAGUAUCAGGCAGUGCUUGAGGAAAAACAACAAAGGAUACAGAACUGGCAGAAGACUGUGAAAGAGGCCCAGCUCAACAAGAAGCAGCGGCGUCAGUUCCAGGAGUUGGUGGAGCGCAAGUUUCACGAGUGGCUUCUGGAAUCGGGGCACAAGCAGGAACUUGACAGCCUUAUCCCGCCCACCUUGCACUCUCAGGAGCCCCCCAACGGGCCUGCUGGUGACUUCAAAUCUAAUGAUACCACAUAUGUUGGGACUAGACAAGGAGCAGGACAGACACCUAUGGCUUGUUGAAAUGCUGGGUUUCAUUUUUUUGGGUCCCUAGCAGCAGGAUAUUGUGCCUGUUAAUUAUGUUAGCAUGACAUUGUGCACACGUCAGGAUACAUAUGGCCUUGUUAAGGUUUGGAACUCACAAACUGUAGUAUGUUUAUUGCGCUGGUCACGCUAGUCCUACUUCACUGAGGCUGCUGAGUCUUUGACAUGUCCAGGACAAGAAGAGAGAGGACUGGACUAAAGCAAGAUGGCAAGCACAACCCUUGUGCACUCGCAAUGCUGACAGGAUGUAGAGGGGUUAAUCACAUAAAGAACCAUGCUGCGGUGUGGAAACUGCUGCGGACCUGCUGUGGACCUCCUUUGCUUCAUAAAUUUUGUCUGUAUAUCUCACUAAAUUGGCCACAUGUACAAUUGGUUUGUGUAGAAAUGUUUUUUU